ACAGCAAAAAUUGACAUUUGACAAUUACAACAUUGAUGUAUGUAUUGGUGGCUGAUGAGUAUGUUUCUUAAGAAUUAAUGUUCACCGAAGUGCUAAUUUAUUUAUUCAUUUUAGUUUUUGUUUAAAAAAGAUUUAUGCGCAAAUUAUAACAAAGAAGACAUGGGUGCAUUAUUUGGUAAAACUAAAAAACCUGUGAGCAGGGUGACCGAGCAAGACAAAGCCGUGUUACAACUAAAACAACAACGAGAUAAGUUAAAACAGUACCAAAAAAGAAUAGUUAUUAACAUUGAUAGAGACAAACAAUUGGUCAAGAGGUUACUGAAAGAGGGAAAACGAGAUAGGGCCAAAUUGUUGUUGAAGAAGAACAAAUAUCAAGAGAAUUUACUAGGAAACACGGAUGCACAGUUGGAAAAGUUAGAACAGCUUACUCAUGAUCUCGAGUUUGCACAAAUUGAAAUUCAGGUACUUGAUGGCUUGAAAACUGGAAAUACGGCACUUAAAAAAGUACAUGAAAUAUUAAAUAUAGAUGAAAUAGAAAAAAUAAUGGAUGAGACAAGAGAGGGUAUAGAGAAACAAAGGGAAAUUGAUGAGCUCAUCUCUGGACAACUGACAGAAGAUGAUGAACAAGCAGUGGAAGAUGAACUGGAACAACUUCUUGAUGUCAAGGAUGAGCUACCAGAAGUACCCACUGAUGACAUACCAACAGUCACAGAAGAGGAAGAAGAGAAAGUUGCAGAGAAACGUCAGAAAGUAAAAAAGACUGCUGCAAAAGUUGCAGUGGAAGCUUGAAAGAACAAUGCAUUGUUGUAUAUAGAAAAGGGUAUUUUAAGCAUAUUUUUCAGAUUUUAUUGCAAUAUUAAUAUAAUUUAUAUUCUGCUACAA